CUCUAUAUAAACCCUGGCAAAUACCUUGAAAUAGUACGGAUUGAGCAGACUAUUUCUUAUCAAAGAUUAAAUUAUUGAAUAUAAUCCAAGGUAUUUUGAAUUAUACCUUGGAUAUUAACAGUUUCGUUAAGCGAUCAAAGAUUAUCAGUGAUUUCCGUGAAACCAAGUGUCAUUGAUUGUCAAAUCAGGUGUUUCUUUUUUGUAUAUAUAGUCAAAAUUUCGAAACGUUUACUCCAUUGAUUGUACUUGAUUCAUUAUCUUUUAUUGUCGACUCAUUUUCCCUUUAUUGUUUAUUUUUAUUUUUCUUCCGAUAGGAUGAUAUUCAACAACGUUGUAAGAGUCUUUACCAGGAACGGCGGUGCUUCGAUGGCUACUAUGCGCCGUUGCUCUAUUGCUAAACCUAUUAUGGGAUACCAAUCCCAAUGCUUUUUCUCUACUCAAAAUGCCCAACGAACGGAUCGUUCGGUUUACGGAUUUCGUUCGAAUGGAAAUGAGCAAGUCUAUGAGUCGGAGGUUGCUGCCUCUGAUACAGGAAAAACAAGUGAUUAUUCAAAGUACGUUCAAGAUGCCCGCGAUGAUUUGAACAGUCCAAGUUGGGGUUCAGAGCAAACCACAAACUCUGCAGAAUGGCAAGCGUAAAAUGUAGGCGUUCAUUGAUCUAUAUAUAAAGUUUUUUAUUCUUUGUUGUUUUUUGUUGAUGUCAGUGAGACCAAAAUUGGAAAUAACAGCGAAGGGAGAGUCAAGUCGAACAUGAUCCCUUAGAAGGCCAAGACUCGGCUAGCAAGUGGAAAGAUUUCAAAAGCACAAAGGAUUGACGUUGUUGAAAAUAUUAUAAAAAACGACAUGCUCUUCGAUUGAAUCUCCCAAGGUAUCAAAAAAUAAAAAAAAAGGAGAGGAAAGCACGAAAAGGGUUUAAAGAUAGCGUAUACACAUAUGUUACAAAGAAAAAUUCUUCUACGAUAUUUGGCGCUUAAUAAAAAAAAAAGAGAAUCAAAAACGAUCCCUCCAACUUGUUGAUUUCAUUUUUUGUUCAUUAAUGUCUUGAACGGUCCUUCCAACACUUCACAUCGCAAAUGUUUGUCCUGCGAAAUGAGUUGAUAUACUAAUCUCUUUUCUUUUCUUUUUCUUUUUUUCUCUUGUUGGUUACAUUCUCAUUUGCUAUUUUGUUUUUAAGGAGUUACUCUUUUUGAGUUGGCAUAAUUGUGAGUUCUAUUCAAUGAUAUGAUUAUGGUUCUUACUCAACUGCUCCGUGGCUAUAUUGUUUUUAGAUUAAUUUUCUUUUUCAUUUUCAAUGCUGAAGUAUUUCAUUUGAGGCAUGGAUGUUUCAUUUGACAGUAUCUGCAAUUAUUUUGCAGGGAACUCAUAUCCAAUAUGAAAUCAUCGUUCUUCUGUAGAUUUAUUAUUUACGAUACCUUAUUAUUCUUUUAAUUAAUUAAUCAUUAUCCCCAG